GCUGGUCGUGCCACUCCGCUUGCUAUCAUCAUCAUCAUCAUCAUCAACAUCAUCAUGUCGUCAUCAACGGCCAGGAUCACGGACGAUAACCGCAUCAACGCCGCGCCAGUGCCAUCGGUGGAGUGGGGGGAGGUGGAGGACGAGCAGCGGAGAUUACGUGCUGCUAUAACUGCUGCGGCUUCACUGAGAACUGGCACUUAUGGUGGCCAAUCAGCAGCAGCAGCAGCAGCAGCAGCAGCAGGAGGAGGAGGAGGAGGAGGAGGAGGGGGCGGGGUGAGGGAAGAAAAAUCGCUGACCUUCCCGGGGACGGUGAAGUAUAUUGUCGGGAAUGAAUUCUGCGAGAGAUUUUCCUAUUAUGGAAUGAAGACAAUCCUGGCUCUGUAUCUGAACAAUUUCCUCCUCCUCUCAGAAGAUUCAGCGACGGAGGCAGUUCACAUGUACAUCGUCGCAUGCUACUUCACUCCUCUUCUCGGGGCCAUCAUCAGCGAUAGCUAUUGGGGGAAAUACAAGACGAUAUUGUACGUGUCUAUGAUUUAUUGCUUUGGAAAUUGGGUAAUGGCGGGAUCGGCCGUCGUUCCAAGUUUGGCGGGAAAAGAUUCUAUAAAUCAGGCCUAUUGGGUCGCAGUGGCGGGAUUAGGUUUGAUUGCCCUAGGCACGGGAGGCAUCAAGCCCUGCGUGUCGGCAUACGGAGGGGACCAGAUCGAGUUGGGCAUCCCACCCAGCCCUGCACGGGACGUACUUUUAAGGAGGUUUUUUUCCGUCUUUUAUUUCUCUAUUAAUGCCGGCGCCACCCUUUCCACCAUCCUGACGCCCAAAAUCCGACAGUAUGCCUCCUACUCUCUCGCGUUCGGGAUCCCGGCCGCGCUGAUGAUGGUCGCGCUCUACUUGUUUUGGAUGGGUCGUAAUGAGUACCUCAAUCAGCCUCCUGGUGGGAACGUGAUUGGUGACGUCAUCAAAAUUAUCUACAGCGCGUGCAGAAAUCGAGGAGGAAGAGGAGGAGAGGGGAAGCACCUGAAAGUGGGUGAAGAUCGGGGUCGGGAUGGUGAUGGCGGGGUGCGACGUGAUGAUGAUAAUGGGCCGCUUUUGAUAAAACGUGGUGGGAAAGAUGAAGACGAAGAAGAAGAAGAAGAAGAAGCAGUGGCUAUGGCGGCUGUUUCUUCUGCUGCGGCGGCGGCGAUGGCAGGGCAUGAGCAGGAGGAGGAGGAGGGUAAGCAUGAGGUUCGGUUUUUGGCGGGAAAAAAGCAUGGAGGGAACGGGAAAAUUUGGCAGGAAAAUGGCUCCCAUCGUCAUUGGUUGGAUGGCGCGAAGGCUGAGUAUGCAGAUUCUAAGGUAGAGGAUGUGAAAGCCUUGGGGAGAGUGCUCCUCCUCUUUUUACCUGCUCCCAUCUUCUGGUCGCUCUUCGAUCAACAAUCGUCGCGAUGGGUGUUUCAGGCAGAGCGAAUGGAUGGAAGAUUCUUUUUCGGUUGGAAGAUUGAGCCUGAUCAGAUGCAGGUUAUGAAUUCGGUCUUCAUUCUGAUAUUGAUUCCUCUUUUUGACUUUAUUAUUUAUCCGGCGGCGCAGAGAUGCGGCCUUUCGGUGAAGCCGGUCAGCCGGAUGGUAGCCGGGCUGCUAAUGAGUACGUUUGCGUUUCUGAUAUCUGCCGCGCUCGAGUAUCGGAUCGCCCCCGAGGGGGAGCCUGCACAUACACACAGUGGCCCCUCGUCGUCUCCGUGCGAAGCGAACGGAGCCGCCUGUGUGCACAUCUUGUGGCAGGUCCCACAGUAUCUUGUAAUUACAUGCGGCGAAAUUCUUUUCAGCAUUACCGGGCUCGAGCUCGCGUACUCCCAAGCGCCCGCGUCCAUGACGGCAGUCGUUCAAUCUUGCUGGCUCCUUACUGUGUCAGCUGGUAAUCUGUUCACGGUGUUUGCGGUUAGCAGUCUGCGACAGUACCUCAACCAGUGGCAGGAAUUUAUAUUUUUUGCAGGCUGGAGCAUUGUAGGGAUGUUCUUGAUGUGGUUGAUUGGUCGCGACUUUAAGUACUUGGAGGAUAAAGGUCAUGAGGUGAAAGUGGUGGAUGGCGAUGGAUACGAGCCACUUCACACCCAUGAGUUGGAUUUUGAUGUCGGAGGGUCGCACCGAGUUGCCGGACAAGGAGUAGAAGAUGGGGAGGAGGAGGGGGAGGAAGAGGAUGGGGAGGAGGAGGGGGAGGAAGAGGAUGGGGAGGAGGAGGAAGUCUCGUCCGGAUAUAUCAAAGAUCGGACAAGGAGUAGAAGACGGGGAGGAGGGAGAGGAGAGGAGGAGAGGAGAAGAGGAGGGGGGGGGGGAGGAGGGGGAGGAGGAGGAAGAGGAGGGGGAGGAGGAGGAAGAGGGGGAGGAAGAGGAGUAUGCAGUGUGGUCGGUGGCAACAAGGAGGAAAAGAGGAGACACUGUGGCAACGAGGAGGAGGAGGAGGGGAAAGAGGGGAAUGAGGAGGAGGAGGAGGAGGAGUGCAGUGUCGUGCAAUUGACGUGUUGGUAUUCCGGUAAAAAGUGGAGAGAGGUGAGGAGGUAGAUUGCAUUCAUUAAAAUGCAAUGGAUGUUGCAAAUGCCGUCAAGGUCUUGUCCUCUUGUGAUGGAGGGGAUGUAUUAUAUAGCUAUGGUGUUUGAUGUUGACGUCAUCAGUUAGAGCUCCUGCAAAGAGAUCGACGGAGAGAUAUGGGGGAAUGCACUCUGACGAGUUGAAUGGUGUCUGCUACUUCAUUCGGUUGCGUUCUGUACGAUUCCAAAAUUUCGAAUUGAUGUGUCAGAUGAUGUGAUAUGGACAUGUCAACAGGCCUUCACUCGACUCGACUCGACACGACUCAACGCGACUCGACUCGACUCGACACGACUCAAUGCGACUCGACUCGACUCGACACGACUCAACGCGACUCGACUGGACUCGACACGACUCAACGCGACUCGACUCGACUCGAGUUGGUGUGUGUCUACAUGGUGCAUCCUGCUGUCGGUCGAUCGCAUGAUGAUGACGUGGCAGGCUGACAAGUGGAUCAUCUUCACUGUGUGUCGCAAAUUCUUGCAACGCGACCUCAUCCCAUAAAAUAUAUUUCCGCAAAGCAUUUGUGAA